ACUUUUUGAUUGCAGAGGGGCGAAUGUAUUUUAGUUUUCUCAGCCAUGCUGCAGCAUUUAGCAAUGCCCUUUUAGACGCCCUUCAGCCGACAUGGCUCUGAGACGGCUCAUUCAGCAGAACCACACCAACUUUGUAGGCUUCGGUGCCGGCACUGACUGCGCCGUCGGGGGGGACCAGGCUCAGCCAAUGGACAACAGGAGGAUCCAGCACCUGGCCAACACGGUGGGGACACUGCCCCGCGGGCGCAAGCAGCUUGCCUUAGCCAGAUCCAGCUCCUUGGGUGACUCCUCUAGGCCGCAAAGGCACGUCAUUGCCAUAUUAAAAGAAGAUAAAGAGACAUUUGGGUUUGAAAUCCAGACUGUUAGAUUUCCACACCAAAACGAUUACUCCCUGGAAGUAUGCACUUGCGUCUGCAAAAUUCAAGAAGAAAGUCCUGCCCAUCUUUCUGGCCUUCAAACCGGCGAUAUCCUUGCUAGUAUCAAUGGCGUGCACACUGAUGGUUUUAGUCACAAGCAAAUAGUAGACUUGAUAAAGUCUUCGGGGAACUAUUUAAGGUUAGAGACUAUCAACGGGGCCAUGUUUCUGCGGAAAAUCGAGCUCGAGACCAAGCUGCGGUUACUGAAGCAAAUGCUGCAGCAGAAACGGGUGGAGCUGCGCGCACUGCUCUUGCAGGAACAGCGCCUGCUGCACGGUGCGUCCUCCUUUCUGGGGGAGGUGAAUGACAAUGCUCUGCUGGGCAUGCUGGAGCCAGAGGAGUCCAGCUUGCUUGGUGGCUGCAGCACGCUGGGACCUCUCUUUCCGGCAAAGCCUCGCUUCUCGAGCGAGAGCAGCUCCCACAGCCGACUGAGCUCUAUGACUGUGGACAGCGAGGACAGCUUCUACCAGAGUGGUGCCUUUGAGGAUUCAGCCGCAGAGAGCCUGAGCCGCCAGUCAAGUGUGGAUGAUGACUGCUUCUUCCCCAGGGAUGGGGACGGUGCUGCUGGGAGGUCCUCUCUGCGGAGGAACCGCAGCAUCAGCCUGGCCAGUAGUGGGUCCAUGUCCCCACUGUGGGAGGGGAGCAGCUGCACCAGUAGUUUUGGGACGCUCCCACGGAAGAGCAGGCGAUCCAGUGUCCGAAAGCAUCUUUUGAAAUUCAUUCCAGGUCUUCACCGGGCGGUGGAAGAGGAAGAAAGUCGGGUCUGACAUUGCACAGGUCAUCCUUAGUCGUGCUGUCGUCCUUGAUGAAAACCACAGGCUCUGCACAUGGCACUGCUGUGUGGCCUGGGACCGAGGGCAGCAGCUCCCCGAGAAGCAUGCAGUGGCUGAAGCGGGGUGGCACGGCAUGGCAGUACUCCAGACAACAGUACUGAUGGUAUUUUAAAAGCUAUGGGGGUUUUAAUUAUUUUAAUUUUUGAUCAGAGCACACAUGGAUGGACCUCUUCCUUAACAUGAAAAAUUACUAACUUUGAAAUGUGAAGAACCUUUGCAGAACUUCCUCAGCAUACAUCAUUGUUAAUAAGUUUUUAAAUGAAUGCAAAAUUGAUAGCUAUUUAUUUCCUGUUACUGAAGUCAUAGUCUACCAAAGGCCUUUAAUAAAGCAAGUGCUUCUACUAAAACCAGUGAUAGCAUCCUGUUAGAAUGGAGCCCAGGGCAUACAACAGAGAGAGACCUCAGGCAAUAAUGUUUUGAAACGAAGGGCAGGGAUUUACCCAUGGUUCGUGGUGGAUGAAUUACGCGGGUGGGCCAGCAGCACACUUGCCAACUCCCCUGGUGUGUCCAUGGCCAUCAGGACCUGUGCUGGCUGUUUCACCGUGGGGCUGCCCGUGCCGGCUCCUGCUGCCUGUGUGAGGCCAUUGCUCCGACACGCUGCUGCUGCUUGAGGACAGGCAUGCUCGAUGUGCCUGCCAGAAAAAGAAAAGAUGAACUCCACAAUCAGCUUCCCCGUCUCCAAAGCAGGGAUUGGUUCCCUUGGUCAGCUGUGCUGAAAGUAAAUGCUGGUUGCCGUCACUUUCACACCUCUUAGCAGCCGUUGUAUAAACCCUGCAAUAACCUGGUUUAUCAGUUGGGAUCUGCCCAGAUGGAGAUCAAUCUCCAUCAGUAGUCAAUACCCCAUGUCCUGCCAAAGCUGUCACGGGAAGGGCAGUGAUGAGCCAGCCAAGGGCAGCAGGUCUCCGUGCAUCUCUCGCAUCCCAGCGUGGCCCUGAUGACAACGUGCUUUUCUCUGCAGUGCCUGCCAGCCUUGCUAGAAACGGCAUUUUCUGCAUGGCGUCAGCUCAGCAGGAGUCACUGGACUGCCGGGGUCUCGCCGGGGUCUCACCACACCCCCAGAGGGUACGCUGCUUAAGUCACCUGGCCGGAAUUUUGCCAACUUUGAGAAAAUACUCGUCCAUUGACAACGGUGUAACUGUGCAGCUCAGACUGAUUUGACCUCUCUAAGGUGAGAGAAGUAAAGGCAGAGGACUGGCCUGCAGGGACAAACAGGACUGUUCUGUGCCUGGACGUGGUGGCAGGUCACACUCUGAGAACCCCCUCAGAGGGCUUGGUCCCUCUGUGGUUCCAGGGGUUGCAGGAGAUGCCCUUUGGGCUGGUGUUCCCACUGCUCAUGGGCAGAAAGGUCAUUAGCUGUUCACGUUUCUUUGGGACCAGAGGCAGUAACAUUAACUUGAUAGUUUAUAUGCAGUAAUUUAAUAAAUUUGGGCAUAGAUGUGAAGAAAAAGAGUAAUUUUAUUUCCCUCUCAGGCAGCACAGAAAUAGGCUGUUUGUUCAGCCCAGGCAACCUAAUUAUGUUUCUCAGAUACGAUUGGAAGAAUUUUAAAUAUAAUUUAAAUACCUUGUGUGACUCAUUCGUCCUUUGACCAAGCAGACCAUGCGGUUGUUUACCAUGCAGGCACCGCUGUGGCAGGAUUUCCUGUCUUUUCAGAAACCUCAGGCUAAAUCAAAUAGCUUGUCUCCGAGAUGAACCCCAAAUAAAAACAACCUGUUCCCAAUGCUCUUCUAAUUAAUGAAUGUUGCUAAGCCAGCAGAAUCUGUACUGGCAUCUAUAAUUUCUCUUAAAAGGAUUAAGUAGAUGGUAAUACAGCAAGUCUGCAGGAGAGCGGGAGGGCAAUCAGGAGAGCAGCUCACCAGGUGUUUAUGCAUGGGAAUGAUGUUCUGCCCACGCUGCUGAACUGAACACCAGCAGUUCACCCACGAGCCCCUCUGCUGUUGGCUCAUCCCUGGGGACCAGAGGUGAAUGUUGGUCUGAUGCUGACACGGAGGCAAAGUCAAUCUGGGGCAUUUCAGGUGCCAGUCUGGGCUCAGAAGCUCAUUGCUAGACAUCAAGGUUUUUUUGCCUAUGAUUUGCUGUCUCAGGUUAGAGUUUUACUUUGCCAAUAACACCAGCUGAAAGGAGGGAGAAAAAAGAAAAAGAAAAAGUAGAGAUUAUUUCUAUUGGGACAAACUGUGGAGUUACAGGCAGAUAUAUGGGUGUCCAAAAGCAACUGUGGGCACAAUAACCAGAAAAUCUGGUGAAGGGUGUACCCCAAAGAGCACAAACAGCUCCAGCACUCAGGAAGGGACCUUAAACUCAGUCACCUGUUGCAGUUCAGAGACUUGCUCCAGGUGCCAGACAGACAGCUGAGGGAAGAGCAGUGUCCAUCACCUGCUUGCUUGCAGGGACACGUGCUGGGCAGCCAGCAGUGCUUUGCUCCUCAGGAGCGGGAGCAUUCCCCUCUCUACCUGCCCAAGGUGUAUUUGGACCCACCGCUGCUGCAUGCAUUUGUGUCAGAAGGCAAAAUGUUCCUAGCCUGAUUUGUCUGACCAGAGGGUUGAAGCUUUGCCCACCAGUGCUAUGGACUCCUUCACUUGGGUGAAAACCAGAGCACGCCCAAAGCCAGGCCAGAGCCUUUGCCUUGGAGAGUGUGGGCUGACCGAUCUGCAGAGACUGAUAAAAAUGUGUCAGCCUGACCAGAGCCUGCUUUCCUUUCCCCCCUACAGCUCCUGAAUUAAACUCUCCUUUUGCCUUUAUUGCGGCUGGUUUGUAGGGACCCCAUGGCAGAGGUGUGGCUGGGUAGGGUGCCUUGGUCACAGCCUACAUCCUCCGCCUUGCUUUGUAAGUGGGGAAAAAAGGGUAUUUAAAACACUGUGUGAACUCUGCUCCCUGAAGCUGCAUCUCUGGUGGAAAUUAGUGCAGCUUUAUGGUCCAAAACAGUGACUCCUUUUGGUAUGGAAAAUUAAUUUGACAUACCUUGGGUACCUAUCUACGUGUUUGCUUUUAAUGUGGAAAGGCUGAACGAGCCUGGACACCUAACAAGCCUAAGAAAGGCCAAAUAAACCAUGUUCUUCCAGUGA